CCUCUACCUCAAUACCAGGCUAUAGAUUCACCAAUUGUUAUGCCAAUAGAUUGCAACAACUAUUUUGGCAUGUGAUCAUAAGUUUUUCUUUUAUGGUUGUAGUGGUAAUCUCUCUAAGAUUUUGGAAUCAAUUUGAAAAUCAAUCCACUUUACCAGUUUAUGAAAUGUUAGCGCAAGGCACCAAACUUCCCUAUCCAUCGGUAUAUGUCUGCUUGGGUUAUCCUUUGAAUCCUAUAAGAUUGGCAAAUUUAAAAUCCAACUUAACCAUGUCCUACAAAGAUAUCGAUAAGAACUUACAAAACAUGUUACGUUUUCAACGUUCUACCAAAAAUGUCAAAUACAAUCUGACAGAAUUAUUUCUUUAUAAUGUUGAUAUAACGAAUCUGCGAAAACAUUUCAUAAAGUUUUAUUAUCAAAUCAAUGAAUUGUUGAAAGAUUGUUAUGUCCAAGGACUACGUUUUGAUUGCGCCGAUAUUUUUAUUCCACUUGAACUGGCGCCGGGAUUUUGUUUUGUUUUUAAUAGUAUUUAUACUCAGAAGAAUUUUCACGAAAAUCCCCUUAAAGUUCCUUAUAAAGAAUUUUCAGAAUUCGAUGACGACUGGACUAUACGUUUCAAAAUUUUAUAUGGAAAUGAAACGGCACUUUUGAUGUAUCUUAAAGAUCCACGUAAUUUACUCUCCCUAACUGAUUAUCCCAACUAUGUAUGGCGUCCUCGAAAACAAAUUUCCGAAUAUGGUUACACUAUUGUCAAUCAAUACUCUGAAGAAAAAAAUAGAAAAUUAAACUUGGGACGUCAUGUAUGCAAGGAAUGUUUGAGCAAUUGUAAUCGUACGACUUAUGUUUCUAAGCCGGAAAUACAAGAACCGUAA